AUGUACGAGCAGACGCCCAACAGCCUGUACAGCCGGUACUCGCGGUGGCGCAAGACGCUCUCUGCGGCGAUUGUCAGCUGGACCGGGCUCGUCUUGCAGGUGUCGAGUACGUCGGUGCUCUCGGCGCUGCCCGAGAUUGGGGGCGAGCACGGCACCGAGGGACGGGUCAUUGCCCUGUCCAACGCGCUGAACCUCGUCUACGGACGAAAGUGGACGGGCGUGGUGGCUGUUCUCCUGACGCUGGCGUGUUCCAUUGGCACCGCGCUGUCGCCUACGAUUGCGAGCUUCUUUGCGUUUCGGAUCCUGACGGCCUUGUUUGGCUACGUGCUCAACCCUCGCUUCGCGUUGACGUCGCCUACCGAGUCUGGGCUGUUCUAUCUGGCGCCCGGUAUCGGGUAUCUCACGGGUACUCUCUUUGGUGGACGAUGGGCCGACCGGGUAGUUCGUCGGUGGGUCGAGAGGCGUCAUGGGAAUCGCGUGCCGGAGGAUCGCGUGCGCUCAUGUCUCCUCGCCCUGGGCAUCGCUCUGCCAGGUUGCAUGCUCGUGUACGGGUGGACAGUCGAUAGAGCGGUGGGCGGCAUCGCGGUGCCCGUGAUCGCCAUGUUCCUGGGCGGCGUGUCUCAGCUGCUCUGCUUCCCGAGUCUCAACACGUACUGUCUUGACGUGCUCAGUGGGCGUGGCUCAGAGGUCAUGGCGGGCCACCCGAUGGUGUGGUACUUCUUUGGCGCGGGUGCGUCGGCGCUGGUGCUGCCUGCGGUGAGUAGCAUUGGCGUUGGCUGGUUCAGCACGAUUGCGGCUGGGCAGAUGGUGCUGGGUGCGGUGGCGUUGCUGUUUGUGACCAUGUAUGGGCGCGAGUGGCGGGUGAAGCUCAUGGCGUGA